AUGGCUAUCUUUCCCAAGCUCCUCGCUGGCUUGGCCCUUUCGGUUGCCUCUUCCUAUGCCCAGGAUGAGGAUCCCGAGUAUGAUGACUUUGGCCCUGCAGCCUUCAUGUGGCCCGAGGACCGCGUGUGGGAUGCGGCCGUCGACAAUCACGCACCUUGUGGCUCGAGAGCCGCUCCUCGCAACCGUACUGACUUUCCACUGGAUAAUGGCCAGGUAGCCCUGGUAGCACAAGACGAAUCGUGGAAGAUUCAGCUGGGCAUAUCCUACAAGGACGAUCCGUUGUCCAACGACGACUUUGACGUGAUUAUCAGUCAGGAUGCUUUCAAGGAGCUCGAUCCAGGCCAUACUUGCAUUCCGUGGCCCAAGGCUCCCGACUCUGUCAGCGAGGGCGAUCUCGCCACGCUCCAAGUCAAAUAUAUCUCCGAGUUCGACACACCCCGGAACCAGACCUUUUACGCCUGCGCAGACAUUGUCUGGGUAGAGCCCGCCAACUUCAACAUCAAAGUCCCGUGCUUCAAUGCCACCGAGCCUGACAAUGAGGAUGGCGCUGGUGAUGACUGGGACUACCACGAUGAUGUUGAAAAUGAUGACGAUGACAAGGAGUCUUCGAGUGGUGACGACGAUGACAACUCCCAAGGGUCCUCUGACUCGGAAGAGUCUAACGACAGUGAUAACAAGAAGUCCUCUGGUGGUCUAUCAGGGGGCGCUAUUGCUGGGAUUGUGGUCGGUGUUCUCGGGGGCCUCGGUUUGAUUGCUGCUGCCGCCCUGUUGAUUUACCGCCGCAAGCAGCAGCGCCUUCGUCAGCUGAGGCAGGCUAACUCGGCUCGUGGUGUGCAGUGGCCUGAUGGCCAGACGGCUGUUGGGAAGGGGACCGGCAGUGUCAGUGACAGCAGCGUGAGGAUGCAGAAUCUGUCGCCUUGA